UGCGCGGUAGAGAUCCUGCGUGAGCAGAGACUAGUCAGUUUAACAAGUUUGAUGAUUUGUUUAAAAUACAGAACAAAAGUAAACAAAGUAGGACGGUAGGGCAUCAUGGCGGCUUUAUGAACGGUAAGAGGCGGGAACACGGGGGCGACGGUCAGAGGGAGGACAUCAACAGGAGGAGGACCGGAAGCUGUUUGAAAGCCGUGAGCGGGAGUUUGUCAGCAGGGGGAGAAACCGGCACCCGGAGCGAAGACAUGGACCCCCUGCAGGAGCUCCUGGACCGGGUCAAGCCCAGCACCGAGGCGGAGUCCCUGUGGUUAAAGAACAUCUUCACCUCCAUCUCUGAACACCUGAGUCCUGUGGUGUGUAGCUCCGCCCCCUCGCAGACAGGUAACCACGGUGACCUCAGCCUCUUCGAUCUGAGCAUGUGUGCGGUGCAGGCGAUCCAGCAGCAGAUGUGUGUGGCCCACAGCUUACCUGUCAGCUACAGGCUGCUUUCCGUCUCCGAGCUCGUCUCCCAGCAGCACCUGGCCUGCGUCAGCAACCUGUCCUGGAGCACCAAUCAGCAGAGAGCCUGGGCCAGGGAGGCGGAGCUCGCCGUGCCGGGUCAGAGGGCGCUGCCGAGGGUCAACCUGCUGCUGAUUGGCUGUCUGAGAGAAGGCCCUGACGGAGAGUACAGGCUGACGGACGCCAGCGGCAGCGUCAUGUGUGAGUGCCUGUCUCUCUCGCCCCGGUGGCUCGAUCGUCCUGUUUUCCUCCCUCACUGGAACUACAUCCCCCACAAUGCAUCGGGCCAGGAAGAGGCCGCAGGCUUCUUGGAGCUGAUUGGCUCCCCUGUCCUGUUGUGUCCUGGUGCUGAGCAGGGAUUGGCUGCUGCUCCUGGAAGGGUGGAGCUAAGCGGAGCGGUGGGAGUCGGAGAGGCCGGCAGGCUGCUGAGGCACAGGGUCAAAGGUCAGCGGCUGAGCGUGUUCGGAGAGGUGGGCUCAGUUUGCCCUCUGCUGGCCGUGGCAGGAACGACCUUCUUUUGCUUCACGCUGACGGAUGAGUCGCGCUCGCUGCCCGUGCUCGUACAGGACAGCAGCCGGCUCAGCUGGAUCCAGCGUGUGUGUGUCGGGCAGAGCGUGUGUGUGACAGCUCUACGUGUGUGUGCGCUACGAGGCUGGAGAGGAAACAACAUCCUGUGUGUGACCAAGCGCUCCGAGCUGCACGCCGACUACACGCACACACAGGAACACACACAGGAACACACACACUCUGAGUCCCUGCUGUCACAGCCUGCUGAGGACGACUGUGAGGAGGCGGAGCAUGAGGAGGUGGAGCUGGACCAAUCAGCUGUGAGGAUAAAGCAAUCCAAAGUCAUCAGCUACCAGGGCACGGUGACUGAGGUUGUGAGUGAGGGGGCGGGGCUCUACGUGCUGGAUGGGAAGGUGGGUCUGUGCGUGGCCUAUCAGCCGGCGGCGAAGAGGAAGCUGAGGGCGGGAGACAGAGUGGAGGUGAGUCACAUGAUCAUGCUUUGCACCUGCCUGCGCUCCAGCCUGAGGGUGACGGCCUUCAGCAGGGCGGGAGGCUCGCCACCCGACAACCGCUGCCCGGGAGAUGGGGCGUUACCACGGUUACUGCUGCAGAGAAACACAGAUGUGUCCGAUUACCUGUGGACCUGUCACCUAAGCUCGCAGCUGGCACACAGUCUGGUCCAAGGACGCAGAGACAUCUACGCUGAGAUGCUGGACGAGCCUCACACCUGUCCUGUGACGCAGUACAGCGUGUCCUCGGCGGUCCGGCAGUACCUCGGUGUGUCGGAGCUCCUGGAGUCCCUGCAGACUGGCUGCUGGUCUUCGGCCCCUCUGAGCUCUCUGCUGCCCCCUGAUGGCUCCAACCUGACCUCCGCCCAGAUCAACGGGUUCCUGUCCUGGUCUUGCAGGACUCUGUCCUCCGAGCCUCGGGGUGGAGACGCUGUCAGGCAGCGCCCCCUGCUGCUGGUCGGCGUGCUGGAGCUGCCGUCACAGACGUCUGAGUUCAAACACUCGAUGCAGCUCAGAGACGCCGCGGGAGCUGCAGCCUGCGUGCUGACGGAGAGCAGCGAGGAGGAGGAGGGAGCGCAGAGGGCGGUCUUUAACAGCGCCUGGAUCGGUUGUCUGGUGGGUGUGGUGCAGUUCACCAUGGUGACAGAGAGAUUCCUCCAAUCAGAUUUCCCCUCCUACCAACACCUGGACCAGGACAGGUUCAUCACACACAAACACUGCAGGGUUUACCUGCAGUUCUCUCUGGACCACCUGCACAUCCUGAGUCCAUCUGUUGCCAUGGAGACACACCUGAGACACAAGGGGGAGGAGCCAGGAGGGGAUGUCACUGCCAGGAAGCAGACAGUAGAAGAAGAAGAAGAGACUGCUGGGAGUAAGAGGAGGAGAAGAGAAGAAGAAGCCAAGUCCGGCAACCCCUGGCCCCGUGUCUCCAUGGUGAUCAGGGUGGAGCAGAAGGAGGGUGUGUCCUGGAGGAAUACAGGGGCGGAGGCAGAGGAUCAGGAGGCAGGGCUGAGACUGUGCUUCUCAGUGAAAGCUGCUGUGAUUGGUCCAGUGGUCAGCUGGAGGCGGGACCCAAAGAAUGAGCCAAUGACAGAGAAAGAAAGUGAACAAAAGCAGGAGAGAAAGGUGGUGCUGGUGUUCUCAGGUGUGUGUACGCGGUGGUUUCCUGUCCUCCAGCCUGGAUGUUUCUACAGACUCAUCGCCGCUAACACUCAGGAUCCCAGUGUUCUGAUUGGCUGUGGAGUUUCUGAGCGCAGUGGGGUGGAUCUCCACGUUGAGUCAACCCUACAAGUCAGACGUGGUUGGAGAUUCCACACUCUGACACGCCCACUGCUGCUGCCCACCUGCAGACAGGCCGUCCCACCCACAGUCUUGUCCGUCUCAGAGGUCUUAGACUGCAGCUCAGAGCUGGUGUGUUUUCAGGGUGUGGUGUCUGAAAGGAUCAGUGUGAACAACAGGACCGCCCACUCUGGACACACACACUCAGGUGUGCGUCUCACUCUUUGUGACCAAGCUGGGAGGAGUCUGCAGGUGUACCUGGACCUAAGCCACACCCCCUACCCACCUGGCCUGUUGCCGGGUAACACUCUGCUGUUGUCUGGUUUCCAGAGGAGGCUGUCCAGGUGAGACACACAUAGACAGGCUUAUAAAAGUUUGGACUCUUUAUUUGGACUCAUUUCCAACAAUGUCAGCCCCAAUAAAGUUAUGGAUCAUCUUGCAUCAAUAGGCUGCUGGU